AUGGAUUCAUUUCCAACAUUUAAAAAUUUUUAUGAAAUCAAAGAUAAUCAAGAUGCAUUUACAAUUGAUAAUAGAGAUAUUCAAGAAAUACAAAGUAAUAUUCAAACAAAUUUAAUAGAAAAAACAAAAAAAUCAAAACGAAUUAAUUCAACAUCGAACAGUACAAAAAUAAUAAAUACAACACCUACAGUACUAUGUGAUAUUUGUUCUGUAUCUAUAAGUGGUCCAAUUGUUUAUGAUUCACAUAUUAAAGGAAAAAAACAUCAAGCACAAUUAAAAAUUAUUUUGAGUAAAAAUCCUCAAUAUAAAAUACUAACAUAUGAAGAACUUUGUUCAUUAAAAAAACAAGAAUCAAUAAUUGUGAAUAAUGAAAAUGAAAAAUCUGAAAUAUCUUUACCGGUAGAAUCUAUAAAUGAAAUACAAAUUGUACCACCAUUAAUACCAUCAAAAAAACUUAAUUGUAAUAUGUGUAAUAUUUCAUGUAAUAGUCAACAAAUGUUUGAUAAUCAUAUUGCUGGAAAAAAACAUCAAAUGAAACUUAAACUUAGUAAUUUAAACAAUCCUGUUCCACCUCGUAUUGUUCCAGAUAAUAAUCCAUCAUCGUCAAAUUAUUGUGAUGUUUGUUCAAUACAAUUAAAUUCUGAAAAUGAACUAACUGAACAUCUUGCACAAAAACAACAUCAAACACGAGAGAAAGAAGCUGAAUUCUGUGCUAAAGAAGGCGCUGAUAUGAAUAUUAAUUUUGAUGAUUAUAAAAUAAUAACAACAAUAGAUAUAGACAAAGAUAAUUUUGAUUAUCAAUGUACAUUAUGUAACAAAAAAUUUCGAAAUAAAAUGCAAUUGAUUGAACAUUUGAAAAGUGCACUCCAUAAUCGACUUUCUAAUCGAUCAAAUAAAAGAAGUCUUUCAAAAGAAUCUAAUCGAGGAAAUAAUAAAGUUACACGAGAAAAUAUUCCACGAAAUGAUAAUAUAACUCGUCGUCAAAAUUUUCCUUCAUUUCGUGGUUCAAAUAAAUCUUCAGGAAAAUCACGUCCAUUUCGAUCUCAAACUUUUUCACGUAAUCAAACAUUUCAAUCAUAUGAUCAAAAUACAAGUAAUAUUUUUGGUGCAUUUGAUCCAAAUAAUCAAGCAACAUUUUCAUCUAAUAAUAAUUACAAUUCAUCAACAAAACGUUCAAUAUCAUAUGAAAAAAAUUCUAAUGAAUAUGAUGGAUUUUAUCCUAAACGUACUCGUACAUAUAAUGAUGGAAAUGAUAAUACACAAGAUUUUUAUUCAACUGAUAGAAAUUAUUAUUCAUCAAUAAACACGGCAAAUUAUCCAUGGACUAAUAAUAAUAAUAAUAAUUAUUCAUCACAAACAAAUACUUAUAAUAAUCCAUCAUCAAUAUCACAAACUUCAUGGCAAUAUCAAACUGAACCUCAUUAUGAUCAACAAUCACAAGAACAAUAUUCAAGUAAUCCUACAUCAUCUUAUAUAAAUCCAAUGCAUUAUCCUUCUACUCAACCACCAUUACCUAAUUAUGAACCACCACCAUUGCCAAGUUAUCCACCACCAUCAUCUUAUACUCGUCCUCAAACUUCAACAUUUGGUAAUACAGGAAACAAUAAUUAUUUUCCAAAUUCAUUCGGUCAAUAA